AUGUCUCAGCGAUGGGCUUCGUGUAGGGACUGUUUGCCUUCCCUUCGUGUUCUUUCUCAGUCUCAGCGAUGGAACGAACUGGGAGUUGGCAAUGCUCAUGUGUUGGAAUCAUUUUAUGUUGAUGAACAGAAGAUUAUCUUCUCUUAUUGGUUGUUUUUGUGUAGAACGGUGAGGAAGAUUGUGAAUUUGGAUGAUCACAUUGCAUUGGCCUAUGCUGGGCUCAAAGCUGAUGCUCGUGCCUUGAUAAACAAGGUGAGAAUUGAAUGUCAAAGCCACCAACUUACGGUUAAGGAUCCAGUAACUGUUGAGUAUAUUACUCGCUACAUUGCUAGUCUUCAACAGAAGUAUACACAAAGUGGCGGUGUUAGACCGUUUGGGCUUUCAACUUUGAUUAUUGGCUUUGACCCAUACACAGGUGCACCGACACUAUAUCAGACAUAUCCUUUUGGGACAUUUUCAACCUGGAAAGCAAAUGCCACUGGAAGAAACUCUAUCUCAUUACGUGAGUUUCUUGAGAAAAACUACAAGGAGACAACUGGGCAAGAAACCGUCAAGCUCUCCAUUCGUGUUUUGCUUGAGGUAAGUAAUAGCAGACGAUGCAUAUUUAAUCUAGUUUCUUAA